AUGGCUCUCUGGACGCCGUACGCUGAUGACGCAGCACUAGAUCUAUCAGUGAAGUGUAAAUCGGAAAGUAUGUCGCCGAUACCAACAUACACGGAGUUUCCAUCAUAUCCGUGUUUGAACACAGUGCAACACAGUGUAGAACAGUACCCCUACAUCGGAUAUGUCCAGCCUAUGUACGUGCCCGUCGCUGAAGCAUCGCCAGCGUCUUCGUGUUCUGGAUACAUGCCGCAAUCGAUGAGUCCUCCGAUGAGGACAGGCAUGAUAUCGCCACCAGACUCUCCCAAAUCAGUGAACGAGAGAAAGCGCCCGAGUUACAUGAUGGACGUCGACUCAUUAUCGGAUGAUCCUGAUUUUCAAGCUUUCGAAAGGGACGCCCUUAGAGCAAUGGCUGAAAAGAACGGAGGAGCUUUACUCGGUAACAACCCGAGAAUGCGUCGUGCCGUUCAAACCAGUCAAAACGCCGACGAUUCCUAUAGAAAACAAAGGGAAAGGAAUAAUUUUGCUGCAAAGCAGAGCCGCGAUAGGAGGAAGCUUAGGGAGAUCCAUCUCGCUUUGAAAGUAACUUAUUUGAAGAAUGAAUUAUCUAAGCUCAAAGGCCUGCUGUCAACAAAAACAUGUAUGCGGUGUCACCAGACGUGCCUCUGCUAG